UAUUAAAAAAACUGUGACGCUGUCAAUGUCAGAUGUCAGUUGUCACUGUCAAGCUGACAGGCUAAUAGAGAUAAAAAAUUGUGAUGGAUGAUUGUUAUUUUUUCUAAUAAUUUGAAUGAAAAUCAAGUUCCUUUGAAAAUAACCGAAGAGUUGAGUCGUGAUUCAUUGCACUUCUCUCCAAAUAUUAAAAAAUACGAUGUCUAAUUUAAUGCCGGUGGUUACUAUUCAAUAUGACUGGCACGAAAUUCUAAGGUUGCCAAAUGACGAGGUUUGGAUAUCAGCAAAAUUUUUAAACACUAAUAGUGUUCACGAUAAAGUUUGGACAACUCUAAACAAACCUGACAAGAAAAUAAAGAUAAAUCUCUCAGAGGCUUACCAGUUUGUUUCUCAGUCUAAUUUGUGUUUAGUUUUGAAACAUGUGGAAUCUGGGUUGAAAGUGGCAUUUGUGGCGGCAACUAAAGCCCAUAAUGUUCAUAAGAAAGCUGUGUUGUCUGUUGGAUUGGCAGAAAACGCUUUAGCUGUAUCUUCAUGCGAGGAAGAUAAACUAUUAGUUUGGGACACAAGGACAAAUGAAGCGCUUUUGGAUCUGGAUGGCCAUGGGGGACCAAUUUACAAGUGCAGGUUUUUCCCAUCUGGUAUUGUGGUGAUCUCUGCGGGAGCUGAUGGUUCUUGCAGGAUCUGGUCUGCUGAGUCUGGAAUAAACCCUGUAACUUUACAAGGUCACACAAUGGCAGUUCCUGAUGUUUGCAUAGUUGACAAGGGCAGAAAUGUAAUCUCAGUUAGCAAAGAUGGUUUUGCAAAAUUAUGGGAUAUUGGUGAGUCAAAAUGCCUGGAAAAUUUAACUGAAGGGCAGGGGCCCAUCAACUGUUGUGCUAUUGGAGUUAGUCCUGAAGAAGCUGAAGUAGAGAAUGAAAGAGAAAUAGGGACAAAAAAUAAGAUAGUUGUGGUUGGUUGUGAAAAUGGUUUAGUCAUUGCUGUCCAUGUUGGGAAAAGGCAAGAAAUAUAUAGGAAAGAAGUGGCAUCUGCUUGUAAUGCAUGCACUGUUGUUGAUCAAACUAUUGUCAUGGGCUGUGAAGAUGGAAGGCUUGUAUUACUUAAUUUACAAGAUGGUGCAAUAAUCAGAGAAAUACAUGAAUCGGCAAGCCCAGUAUUUAGUAUGGUAACACUGACAAAUCACUUGUUCGUAAUUGGAAGGCAGGAUGGAAACUGUGUUGUCAUAUCAAUAAAAGAUGAAUUCGCCGCUGUGAGAGUUCAGUUAACUGGAUCAGAUUGCGACGGAAUAAGGGACGUAGCCUUUAAUGGAAAAUGGAUCUUGGCUGCUUGUCGUGAUACUUAUAUAAGGAAAUAUGAUUUCAACCAAAUCAGUGUGCAUUUUAAAUGACCUUACUUGCAAGAACUGAACUAUUAAGAAAUGUAAUGCAAGAGUAAGUUUUCUCAGUGUCUAUUUUCUAGGAAAAGGACAUUCACUUCAAAUAUGGUCAAGUCAAGAAUAGUACCUAAAUUCAAUAAUUUGAAUAGCUACUGAUACUUGUAAUAUAGUGUUUUUCAGACAAAAUUAUUUAGUUAAAUCGGCAAUUAAUAUUAUCUUAUUUCUGUCAAACAGUUGUAUAUUUUAUGAAUCAAUAUUUCAAUAAAGUGUAUUUGUAAUUCUUAAUUAUUAAAUUAUAAUUUGGUAGCUAUUACUGUUCUAAUUUUGAUUCUAUAGCAUCGCUUGGCUUACUGACUAGGGAUUGACUAGGGAUAUGCAUUGUUGAUGCCUUUGGUAUUAUUUAAAAGAAAAUAGUGUUUGUUUAGUAUGAGAAUAGGUAAGUAAAAAAAGAUUUCAAUACAGAUAGCUUAUAGUACUUAUCAUUUACGUAUAGUCGUAUAGUUAGUAAGUAAAAAUUAUAUUAUUGUAUAUCUGAGCGAAAUGGUUUACCUAUAAUAAUAAAUGACAUUGCUGAUCGUAUUUGUAAUUUUUA